GCCAGAGGUUCUCGUAAAGCAUCGAUAUCUUGGUUGUGAGUGUUGGGUAGAAUAGGGGGGUAGCAUGUGUGAAGAUAAGGAGGAGGCCCGGAGUGAGGCGGUGGAGACUCCGAAGCGUCUUUGCUGGCCGAGGAGACCGCCCGCUCCCCUGCCGGACACUAGAGGGCUUUGUUGUGCCAAACUCCUAAGGAAAAAUGGAAAGUCGAAAAAGGUGUUACUGUUCCCGGAGGAGGGUUGGGCGCGGAGUGCUUCCUCGUCUUACUGGACGCUGCAGCCCUGCUGGUGGCGACGAUCGAGAUGCAAAGUGGUAGAAGUGGCUGGCACUAGAAGGCACAGCACUCAAGCGCGGAUGGUCGUGAGCGGAGUCAACGCGGUUUACAUCGUUGGAACAUUCAAACACCUGGGGACUGAUGCCGAUUUCAAGCUUUAUCUCACAACGAACGUAACUCAAGCGGAUUUCAACAUGGGCUACACGAUGACCGGUACCCUGGAGCGAGGGAGCCGUUCUACCAACACCUUCCAAAUGACCCACUUCGCCGUCCUGCGUCGCUGCGAUCACGAAUCUCACCACCUCAAAAAUGCAUAG